AUGUCAUCUUUGUACAUAAAGGAGGCUACCGGUGUGGACGAAUUGACCACGGCCGGUUCACAAGAUCAUCCAUUCAAAACCCCAGCAUAUGCUUUGUUUGCAUCUCAACAGAAGAGCGAUACCACCGAACCCAAGCUUUUUGUUUUUAAGACUGAAGACAACGAGUAUCAAGAAAUCAGUGCUUCUGCUUUGAAGAAGGCUCGUAAGGGCUGUGACGGUUUGAAGAAAAAGGCUGUCAAGCAAAAGGAACAGGAGUUGAAAAAACAACAAAAGGAGGCAGAAAAUGCUGCCAAGCAAUUGUCUGCUUUGAAUAUUACCAUUAAGGAGGACGAAUCAUUGCCAGCUGCCAUCAAGACCAGAAUCUACGACUCUUAUUCCAAGGUCGGACAAAGAGUUAAGGUUUCCGGUUGGAUCCAUAGAUUACGUUCUAACAAAAAGGUUAUUUUUAUCGUCCUUAGAGAUGGAUCUGGUUUUAUUCAAUGUGUUUUGUCCGGUGACUUGGCCUUGGCUCAACAAACUUUGGACCUGACUUUGGAAUCCACAGUUACUCUAUACGGUACCAUAGUUAAAUUGCCUGAGGGUAAAACCGCGCCAGGUGGUGUUGAAUUGAACGUCGAUUACUACGAAGUUGUAGGUUUGGCCCCUGGUGGUGAAGACUCCUUUACCAACAAAAUUGCGGAGGGUUCUGACCCCUCUUUGCUGUUGGAUCAACGUCAUUUGGCGUUGAGAGGAGAUGCCUUAUCUGCAGUCAUGAAAGUCCGUGCUGCUCUAUUAAAAAGUGUUAGACGUGUUUACGAUGAAGAACAUUUGACAGAAGUUACUCCACCAUGCAUGGUGCAAACUCAAGUCGAAGGUGGUUCCACUUUGUUCAAGAUGAACUAUUACGGCGAGGAAGCUUACUUGACCCAAAGUUCUCAAUUAUACUUGGAAACCUGUUUGGCUUCUCUAGGUGACGUUUAUACCAUCCAAGAAUCCUUCAGAGCUGAAAAGUCCCAUACAAGAAGACAUUUGUCCGAAUAUACACAUAUCGAAGCUGAAUUGGCGUUCUUGACUUUUGACGACCUACUACAACACAUUGAAACUUUGAUUGUCAAAUCCGUCCAAUACGUUUUGGAAGAUCCAAUUGCUGGCCCACUUGUGAAACAAUUGAAUCCAAACUUCAAAGCUCCAAAGGCUCCAUUCAUGAGAUUAGAGUACAAGGAUGCCAUUACCUGGUUGAAGGAACACGACAUCAAGAACGAAGAGGGCGAAGAAUUUAAAUUCGGUGAUGAUAUCGCAGAAGCUGCUGAAAGAAAGAUGACUGACACCAUCGGCGUCCCAAUCUUUUUGACAAGAUUCCCAGUGGAAAUCAAGUCUUUCUAUAUGAAGCGUUGUUCUGACGAUCCUCGCGUCACUGAAUCCGUCGACGUUUUGAUGCCAAACGUUGGUGAAAUCACUGGUGGUUCCAUGAGAAUCGACGACAUGAACGAGCUUAUGGCAGGUUUUAAGCGUGAGGGUAUUGAUACAGACGCCUACUACUGGUUCAUUGACCAAAGAAAAUACGGUACCUGCCCACACGGUGGUUACGGUAUCGGUACUGAACGUAUUUUGGCCUGGUUGUGUGACAGAUUCACUGUCAGAGACUGUUCCUUGUAUCCUCGUUUCAGCGGAAGAUGUAAGCCAUAA